AUGCCAAUUUGUCAACGUAUUGGUAAUUUAUUAUCUCGUCUGAAAAAAUCAAUCGUUGAAUUGAAUAUUUUUCAUUCGAACAUAUCUUCUAUAACAGAUGAAAAUGAGAUUAGAACAGAAAUACUAUCUACACGUACUUUUUUCCUAUUUCUUGUUGUUUCUCUUGCGGUUCUAACAGGAUAUAUAUCUCAAAUUCAAGUAGAAAAAACAUUUGAAAUAUCUUAUCCAAAUUAUGAUCAAUAUUUGAAUUUAUACAAACGAUAUUCAACAAUUGUUUCUUGUCCAUGUACAACUGUUUCAAUUCCAUAUGAAAAAUUUAUAAAUAUAAAAGCGACUUAUCAUCAAGUCUGUCAAAGUAUUUAUACAACAAAUUUUUGGAUAAAUUUAAUAAAAUCUUCAUCGAUAUAUCAACAACCUUCACCAACUUUUCGUUAUGUUGGUGGACCAUUAUUUCAAUUAUUAACAUCAUUUUGUAGUUCAACUAAUACAACAAUUGAUCAAGGUCUUAAUAAUUUUUAUAAAACACUUUUUAUUUCAGGAACAGUCAUGUCUUUGGAAAUCUUUCAAACACAAACUAAUGAAUUAAUUCAAAUUUUUAUUUCUAGUACAACAAAUAGUUUUAUUCGAUCAUUAGAUAUAAUUCGUGAAACAACUUCUAAUAAUGGAAUUAUCUCUGGAUUACUUACUAACUUUGAUUAUUAUACUGAACCAUAUCAAACUUCUAAUAACACGACAAUGUAUAACGUUAUCACUAAUUAUCAUACUUUUACGGAUUCAACAUCAAAUUGUUCAUGUGGAGACAGCCCAUCGUGUACAACACCAGUUUAUGUCGAUAAUGGAAAUUCAUUUCUUGUUCCAGGAAUGUAUAUCGGUUGUUUUAUUCUCGAAGCUUUACUUCAAUCAAAUCUCAUUUGUUUUUAUAAUCAAUCAUGUAUUGAUGAUCUUCAAUAUGCUCUCACUUCAUCUGCUACUAAUUUCAGUACAACAGCAUUGGAUUUAACAUUACCCAGUCAAUAUCAACCAAAUA